AUGACACCGCGAUGUACAUACUGUGCCGAUCUUUCUCUAGCUCACCUAAUCGACCUCGCAAAGAUAGACUUCAAAGGUCAUGUCUUUCCGAAUCAACCGACGACGAAAGAUUUGAUGGGUCCGUUUGCUUGGACUUCGUCGCUGGCGAAUCCGGAUGAUUCACCAAAAGAAAAGAAGCCAAUGGCUUUUUAUCCACAUCACAAGUGUUUUCAAGAUCUUGUGAAGUCCGCAGAGAUGGGGUGUGAUUUGUGUGAAGUGAUGUUGACCUGUUUGAAGAAGCGCAUUCCAGGCGUGGAUGGAGAAAGCCAAGGAGAUAACUCGGACGAGAUUUACUGGACAGAUUUCAGCCGUCGUCGGGAGACUGAUAUCAAGAUCUCGAUUAAUAGUAGUCAUGUGUAUCCAGAUGCUACCCUUGAUGAAGUACAAAUGUUUGAUGCUAUCUCCGUUCAGGUUGGUAAUAUCGGAGAUUUCAGAUCUGACAUCAAGAAUCAUGGGCACUCUUUCGCGGUCCCUACGCAAAGUUUGACGCUUGUCACAAAACACGACUCUCCAAUUAAAUUGAAAGGUUUCCAGAUAGGAAGGGCCGAAAUCAAUCCUGAUCUUGGGUCUAAACUGAAUUUCGAUAUUACGAGGGCUUGGCUCAGAGAAUGCCUAGAGUGUCAUGAUUGUCACAAUACCAAUUUACCACAGCUUCCCACUCGCGUGAUUGAUGUUACGCCUAACCAGACAAGAAUCAUCCAUUCAAAUGGAAUCAUGGCCAACUAUAUUGCGUUGAGUCACUGUUGGGGUGGUCCGAUACCCACUUCAUCAACGACAGCAACACUACCACAAUACCAAAACGAGCUUCCCUUUCAAUUGUUGCCCGCGAAUUUUCGAGAUGCCAUAACUAUCACUAGAGAGCUAGGAGUUCAAUAUCUCUGGAUUGACUCUCUAUGUAUCAUCCAAGACUCUAAACAUGACUGGGAACAAGAAUCUCAGAAGAUGGGAACAGUGUAUCGAGAUGCAUUGGUCACAAUAUAUGCAAUGUCAUCAGAGGCCAGCACUGGAGGUAUCAUUCCAAGUCCUGCAUAUGAGCCAGUCGAAAAGCCAUCCACCAAUUUGACUUUUACUGAUAAUAAUGGAAUGGAGGUAACCGUCAGGGUGGAACCUGCAGAUAGUGAUGUUUAUGACGAAGACUUACAUCGUCUGGCAGAAUCUUCUCCGCUAAGUAGUAGAGGCUGGACAUUUCAAGAAUCCGUAUUAUCUCCUCGUCACAUCUACUACGGAAAAAAACAAAUAUACUGGGGAUGUACACAGGGAUUUCACGAUCUUAAAGGAAUGCCCCCUGGAUACAGAUUUCCGCAAGAAGAGCACAUAAAUCGUUUGUUACCAGUUCUUCAUUCCACCACACAGGACAACAAUAUGAUUACAGACAUGGAACGACUCAUACUUCUUCACAGUUUCCGUGAUAUCGUUUGGCAAUACUGUCAAAGAAAAUUGACAUACGAUACCGACAAACUCCCUGCAAUCUCAGGUUUAUCACGACUUCUUCAGCCAGCCAUUGGAGGAGAUUAUCUUGCCGGCUUGUGGAGUUGCGAUUUACUCGAUGAGCUUUGUUGGGUUCCUGAAAUGAAACUGGGAUGUUCUCACAUCAAGCCCUAUCGUGCGCCCUCAUGGUCAUGGGCCGUAACGAACGAUCGCGUCAAAUUUCAUCGGGGCACCAUCAUCGCACCUCAAGAUCGAAUUGCCGAGUUGAAAGUUAUAGACUAUCAUGUAAUCCCGAAAGUCGAGAACAAUCCUUACGGCGAGAUAGAAUCCGCGUAUCUAAUCAUUGAGGGUUUGACCCUUCCUGUUCUACGAGCAUGGCAAACGAGACAUCUGGGAAAAGAUGAUUAUGAUGGUUACUCGGGUACAUAUUGUUUUGAUGAUCCGGCCGGAAUUUCGCAUUUUGAAGCUUCGGAGUGGUCUCAGAAUUACGGGUGGCAACAGGCUUUUUGGAAAAUGGACGAGGAUGUAGGAGUGCAGAUAAUGACGGGUUGGGAGACUCAUACGCAUGGUAAACGAGUCAUUGAUAUUGAGGAGGAGAAAUGGAUGCAGGAAGCAUAUAUUGUUUUGCUUGUUGCGUCAACAAAUAGAGAUGAUGGGGAUGAGAGACCAUAUGCUGAGUGUUUGAUUUUGAAGAAAGUUGAUGGGGAUAAGGAUAAGGAUGGAGAUGACGAUACAAUAGAAGUUUAUGAAAGAGUAGGAAAUUAUGUGGUUCAUCAUGAACCGGAAUGGUUGGAAUCUUGGACUAUGAAAACUGUUAAAUUGAUUUGA